AUGACGGUGCAAUUAUGCGAGAGGGAUGCUACUCAUACUACUAGAAUUGGAAGAGACAUGGAUGCCACGAUGGCAAAGAAACUGGUGGAUUUUUUACGGUGCAACCAGGAUGUGUUCGCCUUCUCGCCAAGUGACUUGGUUGGAAUGGACAGUUGUUUAGCUGUUCACAGGUUGAACGUCAAGCUCAGGACCAAGCCAGUAAAACAAAAAAUGAGGCAUUUUGGAGCUCAAAAAGAUAGAAUAAUACAUGAGGAAGUUCAAAAGUUGCUGAGUGCUGGUCAAAUUUGUGAGAUAAGUAUGAUGGACGCUUCCCAAGGCUACCAUCAUAUCCCUCUAGAUCAAGAGGAUCACGCUAAGGUUAGCUUUAUCACAUCGACAGGCACCUACUGCUACACAGUAAUGCCCUUCGGCUUGAAGAAUGCGGGCGCAACUUAUCAGCGAUUGGUGGAUCGGAUGUUUCGAACAAAGCUAGGGAGAAACAUGGAGAUAUAUGUGGAUGACAUGCUUGACAUGCAAGUUUCUCGGUUAUAUAUGGUGACUGAAAGAGGAGUGGAGGUGAACCCCGAGAAAGUACAGGCUAUUAUAAAUAUGAGGGCUCCGAGAAACAUUAAAGAAGUUCAAACGCUGGCAGGAAGGAUCACCGCACUGAGCAGACAGUUCUGGGAAUACGAGCCGCGGUUGGCAAUUAAAGGGCAAGCUCUGGCAGAUUUCUUACAAGAAACCACGAGGAUCCAUGAAGAGGCAGAAUGGAGACUAUUCGUGGAUGGCGCAUCCAAUUCAAUGGGGAGUGGAGCAGGAAUGGUACUGCAAAAAGAGGGCGAGGACGAGGGAGAAAAAUACGCAAUUAAAUUACCCUUUCGAGCCUCCAAUAACGAGGCAAAAUAUGAGGCAGUAAUACAUGUUAUGAAAUUGGCAGCAUUAGCAGGCGCUAGAAAAGUGAGCAUCUUCUCGGAUUCCCAGCUAGUGGUCCAGCAGAUAAAAGGCGAGUUCGAGAUUAAAAGUGGCAGGAUGCAUGGCUAUUGCGAAAAAGCGCGAGCCCUGAUGAAGGAAUUUGAAAAAAUAGACCUGACCCAAAUUCCAAGAGAAGAGAACAUAAGGGCGGAUUUUCUCGCAAAAAUAGGAAGCAUGGAUAUGAGCUGCGAAUCGCGGAAAGUGCAAAUAAUCAUGGGGGAGCUAUCCAUAAGUGGCAAACACAAAAUCUUGGAGAUGAUGGAGAUCCAAGACUGGCGCACGGAAAUAAAGAAUUACCUGCUAGGUAGAAACCAAGAAAGCUCACGAGAAAGAGCAAGGUUGAGUCAGCGAGCAAGGCAUUUUUGUCUCGAUGGUGACAUACUGUACAAAAGAGGCUAUACGAGACCACACCUACGGUUUCUUAGCACGGAAGAGGGACAGUAUGUUUUGCGAGAGACCCACGAGGGAUGCAGCGGUGAUCAUACAGGUGGGAGGGCCCUGAUUGUGCGAGUGUUGAGGAGCGGGUACUUUUGGCCGACCAUAAGGAAGGAUGCGAUACAGUUUGUCAAGAAAUGCGAUAAAUGCCAAAAACAUGGACCAUUAAUACACGUCCCAGGCGAGGACAUGACGGUCAUCUCAUCACCUCACCCAUUCCCACAAUGGGGGAUAGAUAUCGUGGGACCCCUACCACUCGUUAGCAGACAGAGAAAGUUCUUAAUAGUCGCAAAUGGGUAG